AUGGCUAAAUGGACGUUCUGGCUGGUGAGCUUUGCAGCUCUGUCGGCCGCCUCGAUCACAGUUCAAGUCUCAGACGUUGAGCCCAUCCCUCUCCGAACCGAAGGUAUCGCCAAGUCUGUAGACGAUCUCUUUCGUCGCAGCUGUCCUGAAGAAGUCAGCGAAAACUCCGAAGAUCCCCAACACUCGCUCCUCUUGUCGUCGUUCAGCAACCUCGAAAACACAUACCCCUCUUCAGAUGGCUUCAUUCGCGGGGCGAUUGACGCAUGGGCGCAUCAUCAACAUCUCCAGCUUCGCCCUGACGAGGUCUGGUUUGAGAUUCUCGCGCAACUCAACUUUUAUAUGGGCGCGCACGCCGAGGAUCUGAGAGACUUGUUUGUCCAGCACGCAAAGAAGGAGGAGAUUCUCGUCAAGGAGGUUUCGUGGGAGGACAUCAUCGCCGCUUUUGGGGGAGAGAUUCAGAAGAGGGUCAAGACGGACUGGCUGCUGGAUUGGGUCAUGCCUGGGUUCAGCACUACUACGAGGGAUGACGAGGUUACUGCUACGGUUUUGAUGAUGGGGUUGAUGCAGUAUUUCUUUGAGUUUAGUGGCAUGAUUGUUUGUGGGAUACCUAGUGUUACGCUUCUAGGUGAGAGAGAGGAUUGGGUUAGGUUGCUUGGCAAGAUUGAUCGUCUCAAGGAUUUCGGUCAAGAGCCUGCUCGGUUUGCAAAGAGCUUGCGUCCUAUUCUCACUCGUUUCGUUGAAACUUGGGAUCAUCCGGAGAGCGAAGAGACAAAGUCCUUCUGGGAGCAGAUUGUUCGGGCAAAGAAGAAGUUUUCUUGUGGCGAAGGAGCUGUGGAAUGGGAUGUUUCGGGAUGGAUCACGGGGUUUCUUCACUUUCAGCGUUCUGGGGCGCCGAGGAUUGAUCCGCGUGAAGAGGUUUGGAUUGGUAAGGAUUCGGUCGUUUUGGAUGGGGUCGUUUACGAGUCUGAGGCGAUGGAGGAUAUUACGAUUGGGUAUGCCAAAGCACCACUCAAGAUGGUUGACUAUCCGACUCCAGGGACAGAUACAAUGGCGUAUCUCCUCGCUGGGAAUGUGGGAGUUGAGAAGAAGGAAGAGGAGGGAAGAGUUACGGCAAGGCCCGUCAGUGGAUGGUUCAUGUAUACACCUGCAGACGCCAACUCUACCGCUGGACCAUUGUUCGGGAAUCGUAUGGAGUUGGAGGUCAUGGCCGAGGGAAUCGACACAUGUAAAGGCACCAAAGCCGAGAGAUCAGAUCUGUAG